AUGCCUAAAUCUCUCCAAAUAAUAUCAUCUAUAAUUUGGUUAAUUCGUUCUUUUCUUUCAAUAUGGAUUCAACUUGGUUUUCGUUUAAUAUAUGGAAAUCAAAAAUUUCGUUUACCACCUAUUACAAAUCAAUUAUUACUUCUCCCAGCAACUGUAAUUGCGAAACGAAUUCGAGAAAGACAAGUAACAUCUUAUGAAGUUGUUCGUCUUUGUAUUGAACGAACUCGAUCUAUUCAACCAUAUUUAAAUGUUUAUGUUGAUGAAAGAUUUUCAGCAGCAUUAAUUGAAGCACAAGAAAUUGAUAGUAUUUUAGAUGCUGUUGCAAAUGGACAACGAUUAUUACCAAAUGAAUGGAGUGAAGAACGAGCUCCAUUUCUUGGUGUACCAUUUGCUAUUAAAGAAUCAAUGGAAUUUCCAGGUUUUCAUAAUUCAACAGGAAUUGCUGCAAGAAAAGAUUUUAUAUCAACACGAACAGCAACAUCAGUAGCUCAUAUGUUACGAGCAGGUGCUAUUCUUUUAUGUAAUACAAAUGUUAGUGAAGGUUGUAUGUGGUUUGAAUCACGAAAUUCUCUUUAUGGUACAACAAAUAAUCCAUAUGAUUUAACACGAAUUGUAGGUGGUAGUUCAGGUGGAGCUGGCUGUAUUGUUUCAGCAGUUGGUGUUCCAUUUGCUAUUGGUGCAGAUAUUGGUGGAAGUAUUCGAUUACCUUCAUUUAUGAAUGGAAUAUUUGGUCAUAAAACAACACCUGAUAUUGUACCAAAUGAUGGUCAAUAUCCUCCACAUAAAGAACAUCAUCAAAAAUAUUUAUUAUCUACAGGACCAAUGUGUCGUUAUGCAUGUGAUUUACAACCAAUGCUUAAAGUAUUGGCAGGUCCACAAAAUAUUGAAAGAUUAUUAUAUUUUGAUAUUUCGGUUGAUUUAAGUAAAUUACGUUAUUUUUAUGUCGAUGAAAUCGAUGCUUAUUUUGUUAAUAAAGUUGAUCGAGAUCAAAAAUUAGCUCAUCGACGAGUUGUUGAAUAUUUUGAAAAUAAAUAUAAAAUUCAUGUAACACGUUUACGUUUAAAUCGUCUUCGUUAUGCUAUUUCUCUAUGGUCAUCAAUGAUGGUUGAUGGUCAAAUGUCAACACGUGAUUUUUCAUUAACACUUUGUAAUCGUAUAUCAUAUAUAAAUGGUUAUCAUGAAUUAUUACGAAAAUUUUUAUUUCGUUCAACACAUACAUUACCAGCUAUAGGUCUUGUUAUAUUAGAAGCUAUACCAAAUAAAUAUAAUGAAUAUUUUCAUAAAUUAGCACAUAAAUUUUAUGAUGAAAUUCAAAUAUUAUUAGGUAAUAAUGGAAUAUUAUUUUUGCCAACAUUUCCUCAAUCAGCACCUUUACAUGGUUGGCCUGUUAUAAUGAAUACAUUUGAUUAUAUUUAUUGUGGAAUUAUAAAUGCAUUGGGUUUACCUUCAACACAAUGUCCAUUAGGUUUAGAUAGUCACCAAUUACCAUUAGGUAUACAAUGUAUUGCUGCUCGUGGUCAUGAUCAAUUGACAUUAGCUGUCGCACAAGAAAUUGAACAAGCCAUGGGUGGUUGGGUACCACCAAGUCUUGUUUCUUUAAUUUAA